AUGUAUAUUAUCCCGAAAACAUUAUACGACAAGGUCUUCGACAACCACGUUGUUGACAAACAAGAAGAUGGCACCUGUUUGCUCUAUAUCGACCGUCACUUAAUCCACGAGGUAACCUCGCCUCAGGCUUUUGAAGGCCUUCGCACUGCUGGCAGAAACGCCCGUCGUCCUGAAUUGGCCUUGGCUACCGUCGACCACAAUAUUCCCACCGAUUCCCGCAAGGACUUGAAGGACCUCGAAUCCUUCAUCCAUCAACCCGACUCCCGUAUUCAAGUCAUGGCCUUAGAGCACAACAUCAAGGAGUUUGGCUUGAGUUAUUUUGGCAUGACCGAUCGCCGUCAAGGUAUCGUUCACGUUAUCGGUCCCGAGCAAGGUUUCACCCUCCCUGCUACCACCUUGGUUUGUGGUGACUCCCACACUUCUACCCACGGCGCUUUUGGUGCUUUGGCUUUUGGUAUCGGUACAAGUGAAGUCGAACAUGUCUUGGCUACUCAAACCAUCUUGCAGCGCAAGAGCAAGAAUAUGCGUAUUCACGUCAGCGGUACCCUCCCCGAAGGACUUGCCUCCAAAGAUUUAAUGUUGCAUAUUAUCGGUGUGAUCGGUACCGCCGGUGGUACUGGUUGCGUCAUCGAAUUCUGCGGUGAAGCCAUCGAGGCUCUUAGUAUGGAAGCCCGUAUGUCCAUGUGCAACAUGUCCAUCGAAGCCGGUGCCCGUGCUGGUAUGAUUGCUCCUGACGAGACUACCUUUGAGUAUGUCAAGAACCGCCCCUUGGCUCCCAAGGGCGACGAUUGGGAACACGCCGUCGCCUAUUGGAAGACUUUGGGCUCCGAUAAGGGCGCGAAGUAUGACAUUGAAGUCGAAAUUAAUGCUGCUGAUAUCUUGCCCACCGUUACUUGGGGUACUUCUCCUCAAGAUGUAAUCGCCGUCAACGGCACCGUUCCUAAUCCUUUCAAGGUCAACGACGCUGUUCGCGCUGCAUCUAUCCAACAUUCUUUGGAAUAUAUGGGCCUUGAGCCCGAUACUCCUAUCGCUUCUUAUCCCAUGGACAAAAUCUUCAUUGGUUCCUGUACCAAUUCACGUAUUGAAGAUUUGCGUCUUGCCGCUGCUGUUGUCAAGGGUCGCAAGGUCGCUAGCAACAUCAAACAUGCUAUGGUUGUUCCUGGCUCUGGUUUGGUUAAGAAAAUGGCCGAAACUGAGGGUCUGGAUCAAAUCUUUAUUGAAUCUGGUUUCGACUGGCGUGAAGCCGGUUGUUCCAUGUGUCUCGGUAUGAACCCUGACCAAUUGAAGCCCUACGAACGUUGUGCUUCCACUUCUAAUCGUAACUUUGAAGGCCGUCAAGGUGCCAAGGGUCGUACUCAUCUUGUUAGUCCCGCUAUGGCUGCUGCUGCCGCCGUUAAGGGACAUCUCUGCAAUGUUCGAGAAUUCUUUGGCGAUGCCACCACCGGAUCCCCUACCGUCAUCACCAAUAGAAAUUAUGAUCCUUCUCAUGAUUUCGGUAGUGUUAUUUCCCUUGCUGUGGAUGAUGCCACCGAUGCUGUUACGGAUUCCGCUGGUAUGACUACAAGUGUCGCUGGUGGACCUGGCGCCGCAACCGCUGGUAUUCCUGAGUUUACCGUAGUUUCCGGUGUCUCUGCCCCUUUGCCUAUUUCAAAUGUCGAUACAGACAAAAUCAUUCCUAAGCAAUUCUUGAAGACAAUCAAGCGUACCGGUCUUGGUAAGUUUGCAUUCUACGAUCUUCGCUAUGAUUCCGACGGUAACGAAUUGCCUGAAUUUGUCUUAAACCGUGAACCCUACCGUAACGCCAGCAUUUUGGUCGCACAGGAAAACUUUGGAUGUGGUAGCUCGCGUGAACAUGCCCCCUGGGCUUUGAAUGAUUUUGGCAUUCGGGUUGUCAUUGCUCCUUCUUUUGCUGAUAUCUUUUUUAACAACUGUUUCAAGAACGGCAUGUUGCCUAUUCCCUUGCCCGUUGAGCAAGUCGAUGAAUUGAUGGCUGCUGCCGAAAAGGAGUUGGAAUUUACUGUUGACUUGCUCAACCAAGUCAUUCGCUAUGACGAUAAGGAGAUCAAAUUUGAAGUGGAGCCCUUCCGCAAGCAUUGUUUGGUUAAUGGUCUUGAUGACAUUGGUCUAACCUUGCAAAAAGCCGCAAAGAUUGACGCUUUUGAAGCUGCUAGAGAGGAGAAUUUCCCCUGGAUGAACAUCAAGCGUAGCCGUGCUCGCCUUAGUCCUUCCCGGCCUAAACAGUCUACCGCUGGUCGCAGUGAUUGGUAA